AUGCAGUCUUUGUCUCGUUUAUUGUCAAUAUCUCGCAAGACAAGUAGUGAAGCUGUAAAGCUCCUCUGGUGGUCUGACUGUGAUUCGCUCAUUGGUCGCUGAACUGUCAGCGGCUCGAGCGACGAUAAGAGCCACACACCUGCACGACUGCUGUGAUGUUCCCUCAUCUCAACUUGAUAGGUUUUGCUCCUCUGUCAACACCGUGUCCGACGAGACAGUUUGACUGAGUUUACUUUUACGCGCUUGUGAGAAAAGCAGGAGAACUUUAUGGAUUUCAAAGUUUUAUAGGCUACUACGAACAUUUACGGAGGAAAAAGCAGCUGCGAUGGACGCCCCAAAAUUGGUUUUAUUGGUUUCAACACUGAGCUCCUUGUUUUCCCCGGUUGGGGCUGUUCAGAUGUGUGACGUGGUAAAUGAGAUUGAGCUGGCAAGAGCGAGGUGCGAGAAUAAAACAGCAGGAAACGUCACAUCAGGCUGCAAAGGGAUGUGGGAUAUUAUUGCUUGCUGGCCAUCAGCCAAAGUUGGGGAACAUGUGGUUAUUCCUUGUCCAAAUUACUUCCGACACUUCUCUGAUCAUCAUGAGGGUAACCUCUCAAAGACCUGUACUGCUGAUGGCUGGACUGAGAUGGACCCGAUGGAAAUCGCAGUACAUUGUGGCUAUAAUCUGAAUGGCACUGUUGACGAUGAUAGUUUCUUUAGGUCGGUGAAGAUCGGCUACACCAUCGGGCACAGUGUUUCUCUCAUCUCUCUCACCACUGCCAUUGUCAUACUUUGUAUAUUCAGGAAACUCCACUGCACGCGGAACUACAUCCACAUGCACCUGUUUGUGUCCUUCAUUCUGAAAGCCAUCGCCGUCUUUGUAAAAGAUGCCGUGCUUUACGAUGCUAUUGAAGAGACUGACAACUGCUCCACUGGUUCUGUUGGCUGCAAAGCUGUGAUUGUCUUUUUCCAGUAUUGCAUUAUGGCAAGCUUCUUCUGGCUGCUAGUCGAAGGUCUGUACCUUCAUGCGCUGUUGGCUGUCUCCUUCUUCUCAGAGAGGAAGUACUUCUGGUGGUACAUUCUGAUUGGUUGGGGAGGUCCAAUGAUUUUCAUCAUGGCUUGGAGCUUUGCCAAAGCUUAUUUCAAUGAUGUCGGGUGCUGGGAUAUAAUAGAAAAUACCGACCCAUUCUGGUGGAUUAUAAAAACCCCGAUAUUAGCUUCAAUUUUGAUGAACUUUAUCCUCUUCAUUUGUAUCAUCCGGAUACUGCGGCAGAAGAUCAACUGUCCUGACAUUGGGAGAAAUGAAUCAAACCAAUACUCGAGGCUGGCAAAAUCCACACUUUUGUUGAUUCCACUCUUUGGGAUAAACUUCAUCAUAUUCGCUUUCAUUCCUGAGAACAUAAAAACUGAGCUAAGGCUCGUGUUUGACCUCAUUCUUGGGUCAUUUCAGGGUUUUGUGGUUGCUGUACUCUACUGUUUCCUGAAUGGAGAGGUCCAAGCAGAGAUCAAGAGGAAAUGGAGGCGAUGGCACCUCGAAAGGUUUCUGGGUCCUGACACCAAAUACCAGCACCCAUCCAUGGGCAGCAAUGGCAACAACUUCAGCACACAGAUCUCCAUGCUGACUCGCUGCAGCCCUAAGACUCGCCGUGCAUCCGCAUGUCAAGACGAGACAUCCAUCCACAGUCUAACUUAG